CAAUUCCAUUCUUUCUAUAUAUUAUCACUCGCUCACUCCCGUUAAAAUUCACCGCCACCAUCACCAAUUCAUUCUCAUACAUUCCUUCUUCUUCUUCUUCUUCUUCUUCUUUCACAAUCACAAUGGCGCGAGUGGAUCUGGAUGGUAACCCCAUCAAGCCACUUACGAUCUGCAUGAUCGGCGCUGGCGGGUUCAUCGGGUCGCACCUCUGCGAGAAGCUCAUGUCCGAAACCCCUCACACCGUCCUCGCCCUCGACGUCUACAGCGACAAGAUCAAACACCUCCUGGAUCCCGCCGAUUCCCCCCUCCCUUGGGCUGGCCGCAUCACCUUCCACCGCCUCAACAUCAAACACGACUCUCGCCUCGAAGGCCUCAUCAAGAUGGCAGAUCUCACUAUUAAUCUGGCUGCGAUUUGCACUCCCGCGGAUUACAACACUCGCCCUCUCGACACCAUUUACAGCAAUUUCAUCGACGCGCUCCCCGUGGUGAAAUACUGUUCCGAGAACAACAAGCGCCUUAUCCAUUUCUCCACUUGCGAAGUGUACGGGAAAACGAUUGGAGCCUUUCUCCCUAAAGAUAGUCCUCUUCGCAAGGAUCCGGCAUACUAUGUUCUUAAAGAAGACGAAUCUCCUUGCAUUUUUGGUUCUAUCGAGAAGCAGAGGUGGUCUUAUGCAUGUGCAAAACAGUUGAUUGAGAGGCUGAUUUUUGCUGAGGGUGCUGAAAAUGGCUUGGAGUUCACAAUUGUAAGGCCAUUUAACUGGAUUGGACCUCGAAUGGAUUUCAUUCCUGGGAUUGAUGGUCCAAGUGAGGGUGUUCCUCGGGUUCUUGCUUGCUUUAGCAAUAAUCUUCUCCGAGGAGAGCCCCUCAAGCUUGUGGACGGUGGCCAGUCCCAGAGAACCUUCAUUUACAUUAAAGAUGCUAUUGAAGCUGUCUUGUUGAUGAUUGAAAACCCUGCCAGGGCCAAUGGCCACAUAUUUAAUGUGGGCAACCCUAACAAUGAGGUCACUGUUAGGCAGCUUGCUGAAAUAAUGAUUCAGGUUUACUCAAAGGUAAGUGGAGAACAAACUGCUGAAACACCUACCAUUGAUGUGAGCUCAAAAGAAUUUUAUGGUGAGGGAUAUGAUGACAGUGACAAGAGAAUCCCUGACAUGACCAUAAUAAACAAGCAGCUUGGAUGGAAUCCUAAGACUUCACUUUGGGACCUGCUUGAAUCCACUCUGACAUAUCAGCACAGGACAUAUGCUGAAGCCGUUAAGAAAGUCAUUGCAAAACCCCUCGCAAGUUAAGCUUUUACAGUGAUGGUGAUGUGCUACCUUUGAGAAGGGGUGUUCUUGCCCAAGUGUUCUGCCAUAUUUUACUGGUUGGUUUUAUAUAAAAUCGCAAAUUUUCCUCCUUUUGGUUUCGUUAGCCAGUAGGCAAUAUAGCCCACAUAAGCCCCAAUGCCUUGGUGUAUGUUCCUGGAGAAGUAGGAAUUUAUAUAUAGGGCAAUCUGUGCUGCUAUGUAAUUUUAAUGUAGAGACCAUGCGCUGCUAAACAUGAUGUUGAGGCACUUUAUAUACUAGGGAAGACGUUUUUUCUGUGUUUUUAGGGAUCUCUCGAUUCAUUGCUUUGUUGUCUUUCCAGAUCAGCUGUAAGUUGUAUCAUUCUGUUUGACCUUAAGCCAUGUGUUCUAAAUAAUUGUCAUUAAUUUAUACUAUGGAUAUUUUUUGUUACUAAA